AUGAGCGAAAAAUGUGGACCUAAUAUUGUGCUUUUAUUCACAGGUGUCACUUAUGCCCAAUUCUUUAAAAGCUUACAAGAGCAUGUUAAGGCGCGCCGGUUCUUUCAACCGAAAAAUAUCAGUGUUGCAGAGUUGGAAGAAUUCCGUACACUUCUGCAUAUCUGCAAUACUCAGCUUAUCGAGCGUGGUACCCCUAUUCUUUCCACAGAUCUAAUAGAUUACUUUGGCGUAUUGGAUAAAAUGCAGCCGGACUUCAGCCGAUAUUUCUUUUAUUGCAAAUGGUUUAGCCACUUUGGUGAAUGCGAUGAACUUUUCACCCGCUCAUACACCGAAGAAGGUAUUUGCUAUACAUUUAAUGGUCUUAACGCCACCGAUCUUUACCGCGAAAAUACUUUUCAAUAUCAAAGAAUGGGAUUUCAGAACUUUUCUAAAAAUAUAAUACUAAAACGUCCACUUAAGUGGUCAUUGCAAGAUGGUUAUGCGAUUGACAGUGGCAUUAAAUCGUAUCCGGCGCGAGUUCUUGGUGCAGGAGCACGUGCCGGCCUUUUCAUUGCACUACAAAGUUUUCGCUCAGAAGUUGACUACGCUUGCCGGGGCCCUAUUCAAGGUUUUAAAGUAUUGCUGCAUUCCCCAGAUGACGUGCCAUUAGUUUCAAAUCAGUUUGUGCGCAUACCAAUGGGCAAAGAGGUGCUCAUUGCAGUUAAGCCUAACAUGAUAACCACAUCGUCAGGUAUUGCUGAUUAUAUACCUCAAAGGCGUCAAUGCUAUUUAGAAAACGAGCGAACCUUGAAAUUUUUUAAAGUGUAUACCCAAAAUAAUUGCGCGCUAGAAUGUUUGACAAAUCUAACUCUAACUAAAUGUGGUUGUGUAAAAUUUUCGAUGCCACGAACUUUGGAUAUGCCCGUUUGUGCGGAAAAUAAAAUCUUUUGUUAUGAUAAAGCGGAAGAUAUUCUAUUACUACGUGAAUUCCGUCAGGGUCUUAAGGAAUCGCAUUUGAAUUAUUUGGGUGCAACGGAAUGCAAUUGUCUACCGGCAUGCACUUCGCUUGUAUACAAUACGGAGAUAUCACAGGGUAAUUUCGAUUUAGAUGAGAUGUUAAAGGCGGCUGGAGAUACUUCCUUCUUCGAGGAUUUUCCCGGAUCUCAAAUGUCACGACUCUCCAUCUACUUUAAGGAACACCAGUUUAUAACUUCUAAGAGAUCAGAGUUGUAUGGAAGAACGGACUUUUUAGCGAAUUGUGGGGGAAUUUUUGGUCUCUUCAUGGGGUUUUCUAUAUUAAGUUUAGUAGAAUUAUUUUAUCAUUUAUCGCUACGCUUAUGGAGCAAUAUGAGACGUUUGGCCGGUCCACAUUCUUCACCGAUAUUGUAA